AUGUUAACUGCACCAGAUGACUAUAAUCGUCCUCUUUAUGCUGCCGAAGAUAUUACAACUUUUUAUCUCGAGCAUGGUCCUAAAAUUUUUCCACAGGAAAGUUUCAUAAUUGUUACAAGCUUAGUCAAAGCUAUGACAGGGCCUAAAUACAAUGGCAAGCAUCUACACCAAACAAUGAGGGAGAAAUUGAGAGCGACGAGGUUGCAUCACACAUUAACAAACGUUGUCAUUCCUACUUUUGACAUCAAAAUGCUCCAACCUGUUAUAUUUUCUUCCUACAAGGUUCCGAGUUACCCAGAACUGGAUGCAAAACUGUCAGAUAUAUGUUUAGGAACAUCAGCUGCUCCAACUGUUCUUCCGCCCUAUUAUUUCCAAAACGUAUAUGAAGAUGGAAAGACUAGGGACUUCAACCUCAUCGAUGGAGGAAUCGUGAGCACUAAUCCGACAUUCCUAGCAAUUAACGAAGUUACGAAGCAGAUGAUGAAGGAAAAUCCAGGUUGUGGAAGCAUCCAUGAUAGAUUACUGGUUUUAUCGAUAGGAACAGGAUCAGGAAGGAGUGAGCAAAAGUACAACGCUAAAACAACUGCAAAGUGGGGGCUUUUGUCUUGGCUAUUUGACAAAGGAUCAUCUCCAAUUAUUCAAGCUUUUUAUGAAGCUGGAGCUGACAUGGUUGAUUACCAGAACAGUACUGUUUUCCAAUCCUUUCGUUCUCAGGACAACUACCUUCGUCUUCAAGAUGACAGCUUAACAGGAGCAGCUGCUUCAAUGGACGUAUCGACAGAGAAGAAUAUGGGAAAUCUUGUGAAAAUUGCUCAACAGUUACUCCGCAAACCAGCCAGCCGGGUAGAUCCGGAAACUGGACAACUGAGAGAAGUUCCACACCUGGGCACCAAUGCAGCUGCUCUCCAAAGGUUCGCAAAACAACUCUCAGACGAAAGAAAAUAUCGCUUGGGCAAAGUCUCCACUUGAUGGAAGAAAUACUAAUACACUGAAGGCA